GAUGCUCUGGGGUUUCCCAGCAGGCCUGUGAAGAUGAGCGUAACAUCAUGGUUCCUGGUGAGCAGCUCGGGCACUCGACACCGCCUCCCCAGGGAGAUGAUCUUCGUGGGCCGGGAGGACUGUGAGCUGAUGCUGCAGUCGCGCAGCGUGGACAAACAACACGCUGUUAUCAACUACAACCCGACUACCGACGAACACCUGGUGAAAGACCUGGGCAGCCUGAAUGGGACGUUUGUGAACGACCUGAGGAUUCCUGAUCAGACCUACAUCACCCUCAAGCUGUCCGACAUCAUCCGCUUUGGAUACGAUUCUCACGUGUAUAUCCUGGAAAAAAGUCAACACAAAGUCCCAGAGGAGGCUCUGAAGCACGAGAAGUACAGCAGUCAACUGCAGAUGAGCCUGAAGACACCAGAGGGGAAGAAGCCGGAGCCGGAGGAUCGGAUGAGAGCAGAAAAAACCCAGAGUACCAAGAGUCUGGUGCAAGAGGCCCCAGUGUGUCGGCCCACUCCUCUGUACGGGCAGCCGUCCUGGUGGGGAGAGGAGGAUUAUGGGAGUAAAGUUCAGACCAGCGAUGAGCCUCAUCCAGAGGUGCAGAAAGAUGCUCUGGCUGUGGAUCCAGACUUUUCCGGAUCUCUGUCAGACUCCCAACCAAAGACCGUCUUCCCUUCUUACCACCGUGAACCCAGCUACUUCGAGAUCCCCACCAAGGACUUCCAGCACCCCAAAAUCUCAGGGGCAGAGCUACACGAGAUCCCCACCAAGGACACGGAUGCGCCCCCAGCCCCGCCCUCACCUCCCACACAGACCCCGCCUGUUGUUCAGAGCCACGCCUCCUUCACCAUCGAGUUUGACGACUGCAUGCCUGGCAAAAUCAAGAUCAAAGACCAUGUCACCAAGUUCUCCACCCGCCAGAGGAAGCAGCAGGUUCCGCCCACCAAGAUGACCAUCACAGCCGCACCUGCCGAGCUGAUGUCAUCAGAGAGCAAGGUGGCUGAUUGGCUGGUCCACAGUGAUGUCAGUGUCAUGAAGAGACGUCCAACCUGUGAAGAUGUUUAUAGCACCAAGAGUGACCUCGCCAUGAACAUCAAGACGCUCAAAGGUCAUCAUCACGAAGAUGGGACCCAGAGUGACUCAGAGGACCCGGUCCUAAAAGGGAGGAGGACUAAAUCCCAUCACCCUGUCCAGGCUCACCAGUCUAGCCAAUCAGAGCAGUCCGAAGCGCAGUGUGUGCACUGUCAGCAGCCUGCUCCGGUACAGAAACUCCACCAGCCACUGCAGUACUCUCCACCCAGAAAGGCCCCAGCCUCACCUGGGGCCCCUGAGCGACCCCUGUCCCAGAGCCCUCCUCAGGCUCCAUCUCCUACUACAGAAACACCCAAGCAGGGGCCCCCUGAGCAUCUCACCCAGCAGGCCUUCAUCAUUGAGUUCUUUGAUGACAACCCACGCAAAAAGCGCUCACAAUCCUUCACACACAACCCUGCCCAUGCUGACUCGUACUCCACCCUGAAGGCCAAACUGGAGCGGCGGAAGGGUGGUGAGAGGCCGGCAUCCGUGCACGGCCACAUCCCUCCCACACAGCAGGUGACAAUUCCUCUAAAGGGCCAGGGUCACGGGGGUCCUCAGAGGUCGAGCUCUCUGAAGAGGGAGAAGACAGAGGGGGAGGCGGCCUCAUUGAGUUCCUCCUCUCGUUCGUCUUCUGGCAUCAUCAUCAGACCCUUCGGCAGUGUUGGGAAGAAGUCAAAGCUGGCCCAGGAGUUUGCUGCUGAAUUCCUGAAGGAUUUGAGUCAACAGGACUCCUCCCCACCAAGGGACAAGACACCUCCACCAAUGUCUGCACCACCGGUGAUGGUGUCACCUCCACAAGCAAGGAUUCCCUCCCCCCAGGAACCUGCAGCUCCUUCUUCAGUCUCCUACCCCUCCUCCCCCUUACAGCCUCCAGCCAGCUCAAAGUCCUCCAUCCCCACCAACGCUGCCAGUCAGAACGCCUCUCCGGUCCACUCUUCUGCGCCGCCCAUGUCCCCCAUGCUGCCCUUGUUUGUCCGUGGAGGAGACCUCAAGGGUUCCCAGAGGAUGAUGCGGAAUGAGGAGGAUGACAGCCUGAGUGAUGCUGGGACCUACACCAUCGAGACGGAGUCGCAGGACAAAGAGGUGGAGGAAGCUCGCAGCAUGAUCGACCAGGUGUUUGGUGUCCUCGACUCUCCAGAGUACAGUGGUGUGAACACGGGAGCUUAUAGACCUGUAAUUAAUGAUGGCAAGGAUGAGCAAGCUUACCUGCCUAGCGAAGGUAGCACUGUGGACCCGUUGCAUGGCUUUAUCCCAGCUGCUAACAGCGGCCCCCCAGCAGGCCCCAUUCAGGUUCCAUCUGGUCAUGCAGCAGGUCCAGAAGGACCUAAGUGGGUGUCCCGUUGGGCCAGUCUGGCAGAUGGUUAUGCUGAGCCUGGGUCCACUCCACCUCAAGGGGAAUGUCUUGAAGAUUUGCGCUUAAUGAGCCGGUCAAUGGGAAGUUACAGCUACGACAACUCAGAGUCCAGUCACAGCUCCAGGACAAGACGACUGCUCCCCCAGGUUCCUUCAGAAAAGCUGGAUAGUGUCACCCCAAGUAUCCUCAUUCGUCAUGAAUUUUUCCAAGGCCAGGAACCACUGGACAGAGUCUGUGGUCCUCUCCGCCCACAGGAAUCCAGCCAGCGCCUGUCUGUUCAGGAUGACGUGGACCCAGACAGCCUGAGUGAUGCCAGCCGCUCAGAUGAUGGACCCCGUCUGGAGAAAACCAAGAAGACUCAGGUCAGGACUGGAGCUACAUCUCCAGGGGCUGCUGGUCUUCAGUUUAAAGGCCAUGAGAAAGGCUCUCCAUUUGCCAAAUCCACCUCCUUCUACAUUGGCUCUGAAGACCAUCCAAACAAAGGUGACCAGGCCCGGAGCCCAGAACAAUCUGAGAGGACAGACAGCCUGCCCACAAAAACUCCCCCUACAACCAUCCUGAUCCGACACCUGAGUGGACAUGAACCCAGGAGGACAGGUGUCAAACCCAACAGCUCUGCUCCAAACCUCCAAACACAGGACAAGGAUUCUGUCCCUACUAAAGACAGCUGCAUAUCAUCUUUUGUUCGGCAGGAGAGCUUCACCAAAGACCAGCCCAGCGACACCGCUCAGAUGAAGAGGCUUCCCCACAUUUCAAGCCACCCGUCUAUCAGAGACCUGGAGGAGAGAAGGGAGAACAUCCAGGACACUCAGUCUUUCCUUCAAGAGGCCCAGGAAACUCUGUCCUCUCUGGACAACAAGUUUCCCUCGUCUAGUUCUGGUCGCAGCUCAAAGAAAGGAGGUUCUUCCAGGCUCAUGGACGACUCCCUUUCUGGUGAGUCUGAUGUGGACACAGCGAGCACAGUGAGCCAGGUGAGUAGCAAAAACGCGCCAGUCACCUGUUCCUCUAAAAAACGUCCCGCCAUCAGCAGCCUUCAGAAGGAGAAGUCCUCUUCCAGCCCAUCCAUUCAAGAAAAGGGACGGCAGCUUACUGCACGUGAACGACUCUCUGAGAAACGUCGUAGUCAGGUGACUACCGAUGCUUCAAACAAGGCAGAGGCAGCAAAGCGCUUCCAAAUGCGCCGCAGUGCGGGGAACCGUGGCUCUCUGGAUCUGUCUGAGGGCCAACAGGGCUCUGGUUCACACUGGACUGAAACAACAUCAUCUGACCAUGAAAUUUCUCAGCCGUCCAGCCGCAGUAAGAGACACAUUGCCCCUCUUCAGAAAGAAGACAACGGAAAGUCACCCAAGACAGCGACUCAGCAGGUUCUGACACGUUCCAAUAGCCUGUCAGCCCCACGACCGACUCGAGCAUCCAUGCUUCGUCGUGCACGACUUGGUGAGGCCUCAGACAAUGAAGGUACUGAGACUGACCGGGGCUCCCAGAAUUCUGACCAUAUCGCCACAGCACCCAAAGUGUCCUCUGAGGGGAAGAAGCUGUCCAGGCUGGACAUCUUAGCGAUGCCCAGGAAAAGGACUGGUUCCUUCACGACUCCCAGCGACAACGAGGCAUCCUCCACGGGCUGGUCCAGUGUCUCCAGUCGGAAUACAGAGUCUGUUGCCACCGCCAGGAAGACAUCAGUGGGCGAUGCCCGGCAGGCUGUGAGCAGAGGGGGCGGAGCUCCCGCGAAGCAACCACUGACACGUACCCGGUCCAGUGGAGCCAAGUACCCCAGCACCAGUUCCCGUCGCAGGCAGAAAGGUUCUGACUUCUCCUCAUCCUCUGAGGAAGAGUACGAGAAGAGUGCCGGUGCUCCCAAAACCAAACACUCCUCCCACCCCUCCACCUCCGCCCAGACUCCCCGUGCCCACCGGGCAGCCGCCACUCGAUCCAAGUCUGUCUCCCAGGAGACAGAGGAGGAUGAGGACCAGAAUGAGGUUGACCCCUACCAGAACUGGUCCACGCACAGUGCUGAGAUCGCCAAGCUCAGUCAGGACCUGGCUAAGGAUUUGGCCAUCUUGGCGAAGGAAAUUCAUGAUGUUGCUGGAGAUGGAGACUCACCGAGCUCUGGCAUUGGCACCACCACCUCCCCCAGCUCGCUGCCCAGCACACUGGCCUCCGCCAUCUCUGCCAGGGAGGAGCUGGUCCAACAUAUUCCUGAGGCCAGUUUAAACUACCAGAAGGUUCCUCCAGGCUCUGCUGUCGUCUUGGACCUGGAUGCAAACAUGAAUGAACCAGAGCCCAGUUCUAAGCACCGCCGUCCGUGGAACCGCGAAGAGGUGAUUCUGGACAACCUGAUGCUGAAUCCGGUGUCUCAGCUGUCCCAGGCCAUUCGUGAGAACACAGAGCAGCUGGCUGAAAAAAUGAAGGUCUUGUUCCAGAACAAGGCAGAAGUCUGGGAGGAGAUCGAGGCAAAGAUCAGCACAGAAAAUGAAGUCCCCAUCCUGAAAACCUCCAACAAGGAAAUUACCUCCAUUUUGAAAGAGCUGAGGAGAGUCCAAAGGCAGCUUGAAGUUAUAAACACCAUUGUGGAACCCAGUGGGAGUCUUCAGACUGCAGCCGUUGGGACGUCGUCUCUUGGUCACACUCGACCAUCCUCGAAGGAGAAGAAAGCUGCCACUAAACCCCGUGGAACCCUCUCAACUUCCAACGCCAAUGAAAGCACCAAACGACCCCCUCGUGGACCUGAUGGGGCCCACUACAUGGCCUGACCUGGCCACCGUAGCACAUCUGGACAGUAACUGUGCAUCCACGCCACCAGCAGCUCUGUCUCCCUGCCUCUGUGCAGUGACCUGGUCCGACCCAGAUCAUCACUGGCUGUAGCACACAGAGAGGCUCAUCCUCAAUCUGCUUGGCAGCCAUGUCUGAAGGUGUUCCUCAGAAGUUAGAGUAGUCUGAAAAGAGCAAGAAGAUUCAUUUUAAGAUGUUUCUGAGGUUCACCAACAGGCCUUGUUCUGCCCGUGACUUGUCAGCAGUCGACCGUGGUGGCUGUGGGUUGUUGCUCUGGUAUUUACAGUGCUUCUGCCAGAGAUGUGCAUAUGAGCUGUGCUCUGUUUUAGCUGGCCAUCUCUUACUAAGGUCACAUCUCGAUUAUAAAUUCACCUCAGUGGUUUGGCUACGCCUGUCCAAUUGAUGUCCAUACUUGCUGACAUUCAGAGGACUCGGACCCCCAGAGGCACAGCCUUAAGGGGCCACCUCCUGUCUUUAUGGACCGCGUCCUUUGAGGGAGACGGCCACUAAAACGGGACACAGAUUAGCUGCAGAGAUUGGCCGGACUAAUGUCAUGUUUAUGUUCCACUGGUGUGUCCGUAAUUAUGUGCAAACAUUGUUUGUGUCAUCGUGCACGUGAUGAUUACGACCAGAAGGCGCUGUAUACAACAUGAUAUCAAACUGAUCGUGUCCACUGUUGUAUUGCUGCAGCGCAGUGUCUUUAACAUGACCGUCUCUGUCUGGACUCUCUGUGGACGUGAAUGUGAAACUUCUCGUGCAUGGCGUGACUGCGGGGUGUCACCAGUGACAGCCAGUUUCUCUUCAUCAGUCUGUAGGAACCUGUUGGUGGUGUGGACGCACGGGAACUGUCCAAAACAACCCUCUCCUCUGCCCAGUGAUUCAGUCAUUAGGAACACAAACAUUUUGCGUGUCAGCUAGAACCAUGUAGAACUGCUUCCACAUCGCACAACAAGAAGCAGCUGCUCAGACAUAUACUGAUCAACUUUGUGCUUUGAUAAUCUGUUGUUGUGUUGCAUUUGAACAGAUGAGAGCUUGUGUGUCUCAGUUUUCUGUCUGUGUUGAUGAAGAGAAAGUUGCAGCUGUGUGCGCGUCAGUCAGGAAACAGGGACGAGGCGCAGUGUGGUGUUGUGCUGUGCGCUCUGGGCGCUGCUGGCUGCCCCGUGACUGUGCGCCGACUGUGAAACUGCUUCAGCUGUAGCUGAAUGUUGCGAGUACUGAAAGUCGGAGACGUUUCUUUGAAAUGUCUGUUGACCUCAAAUGAAUCACCCUAACGUAAAAGGAAACCGCAGAUUUAACAAGAGACAUCCUGUUGGUCCUUAAAUGCAUCACCUGUCUGCGUCACAGCCAGGUGUGCUCCGAGACAUCAGUGUGGUCGGACGUAUUGCAGCCUGGGUACCUCUACCCCCGUUGGUCCGUGGCCUGGCCGUGUUACUCUUAACACACCGCGCACAGAAGCGUAGCAGUGACAUCAGAUCAUACUGUUCAGGUCAUUAGAUGAGCUGUGUUCGCUGGUUUCCUUCAUAAUUAGAACUCGGCAUCUCACGUGACAGUGGUGAUGGUGGCCUCCUCGUUAUUCUGAGGUGGGGGCUCCCAAACUGUGUGAUGCCACUUAGUUACUAUGAGAAACGCGCUGUGACGACACAGAUGUCCCUGGAUCGUUCUGUUUGAACCAUCCAUUGUACGGAGACACACUGAACUCGGAUUCAGAAAGUUUACCCCGUUUUCUUUAGUGUGACCCGACACAGGAUCGUUUCUCUGGAUUAAGUAGCUCUCGUCUUUGGCGUCACGUCCAGUCGGUGCAAAGCCGGGCUGAUAGUGACUGUACCCCGAGACGGUAGCACCCCCGGGGCAGCCUUACUGGACUUCCUGUAGACUUCAGAAGCUUCAUGCGUACAUGGCUGCAAGCUACAAGUCUGUGCACAUAAUGUCUGUAUUUUUAGUUCCCACAACCUGAUGUAUAUCAAAGGCUAAAGAAAGAUGUGCUUUACUGUUAGAGCAUCGAAAACGUUGGAACAGACUGUGUAUAAUGUGUUUGACAAAACACUCCCAGUCAACUUACUUUUUCCAGAGCUUUCAGCCACAUCCCACAGUCUUCACAGGCCAGUCACAGAAUGUGUGCAAUCAAAUAGGAAAAAAGAGAUGCAAUAUAUUUAUAUAUUUAUAUAUAUAUAUAUGUACACACAUUGUGGGAGAACAACUGCAGACUGCUGUAUGCAGUGGUCAGUUUAUGGCACUGUGGUGAUGCUGUGUCCAGUUACAUAGUCCUGGGUUAAGUGCCGGCCAGGGAAGCCCCAGGGAAGAAACCGUCCUUGUGUCUGGUUGUCUUGGCAUACAGUGACCUAUAGCGCCGUCCAGAGGGGAGGAGUUCAGACCGUUUGUGUCCAAGGUGUGCGGGGUCUCUCCUGUGAGGUGUACAGGUCUGAUUCUGAAAAUGAUGCAUGAUAUGCACCAAGUAACAGCACACAACACAGAACAUGUGACUCAUGUGACCCCCUUCACUAUAGCCGGCACUGCUUCCAGUCUUUGUGCUAAGCUGUGCUAAGCUAGGCUAACCGGGUCAGGACACUGGACUUGCACAUGAAUGUGACUGGAGGAGACCGUGAGCUGUUGCUGUCAAGUAAAAAGAGGAUAUUCUAGACUUUUAUUUUUAAAGUGCAUGCUUCCUGUAAUGUGAGGCAGGUGAGUUUGAGGCUCUUUUAUUUGACAACCUGUGCAAAUGGGCUGAGAUCCUUGUGGCUUUUAUGUUGCACUGCUCUACAGCCUUUGAGAAUGUACUGAUUUAUCACCUGAUUGGCCGUUGCUGUGAUGAUGUAUCUGCUGCUGCUACAGGUGACCGGUCAGUCGGGCCACCUGCAGUUUGUGUUUUACUUGUGUUACAGUGCAUGAGAAGCUGUAGAAACAGGCUGGGUAGAUGAAGCAAAACACACACCUUUUUUAUGUAUUUGGUCGUGUGAGGGUCGGCCGCAAUGUUUCUAAUGGAAUCAGACCUUCCCCAUUCAUUUAUUCACUUCACUUGAUCUGCACAUCUCGGGACUCGUGUUCAUCGCCAACAGGAUUUAUUUGUAUCACCACGUCAUUUGUAAUAAACUGAUUUCAUGCA